AUGGGGGAGGACCUCGUCACCACCCUGUCCAUGGAGAACGGCGGCGGCGGCGGGGGCCACCACGGCCUCUGCACCCUGCUCUCCAUGGACCCCUCCGGUCACCUCGACGACCGCGCCGUCGGCGUCAUGGUGCAGCCACGCGCCAGAGGUGGCGCGCGCGCCCACGCCCACGCCGUGUCCCUCUCCGGCGCCCCGCCGCCCGACAUCAACCAGCCGUGGCAGACGGAGCCCUGCGACAUGCUCGGCGUCGGCCUCGGGCCGCAGGUCUUCGAAGCCGAGGCCGUGCUCAGCACCGCUCCCAAGGCUGCCGCCGGGAGCCGCAAGACCACCAAGCGCGGGGACAGCAUCUGGGGCGCCUGGUUCUUCUUCACCUUCUACUUCAAGCCCCUGCUGUCGGACAAGGCCAAGAGCAAGGUCGUCCGGGACGCCAACGGCGUGUCGGGGUUCGACAAGUCGGACCUCCGGCUCGACAUGUUUCUGGUGCAGCACGACAUGGAGAACAUGUACAUGUGGGUGUUCAAGGAGAGGCCGGACAACGCCCUCGGGAAGAUGCAGCUGAGGAGCUACAUGAAUGGGCACUCACGCCCUGGCGAGCCGCAUUUCCCUUUCAGCGUGGACAGGGGAUUUGUCCGGUCGCACCGGAUGCAGCGCAAGCACUACCGGGGCCUCUCGAACCCGCAGUGCAUCCACGGGAUUGAGGUGGUGAGUUCGCCGAAUCUCGUGGGCAUCACAGAUGUGGACCGGAGGAGGUGGGCGGAGCUCACAGGGAGAGAGCUCAAUUUCUCCAUCCCACAGGAGGCCAGCGAUUUCGGGACAUGGAGGACCAUGCCAAACUCAGAGCUUGAGCUGGAGAGGCCACACACACAUCCUGCCAUGAAGAGCAAUACUAAUAAUGUUCAGCAGCAACCCCCCAAGAAGACGCUUAAUGGAUCAGGCUUGAAUUUGUCAUCGCCAUCCAAUCAUUCAGGAGAGGACGGUAUGGAUCUCUCCCCUGUCAGCAGCAAGCGAAGGAAGGAGGCAUUUCCACAUGCCAUGGAUGAGGAGUGCUUCUUGCCUCUGAACCCUUGCACUGGGAGGACACAACAAGAUAUCGAGAUGCAGUCGGUAGUGCAGCCUUCGUGGAUGCACGAGUUCACCGGGGUGAUGAGGAAGGCCUCUGGGCCAGCAACUGCUGCCAAGUCCAUUUACGAGGAUGAUCAGGGCUACUUGAUAAUGGUCAGCUUACCAUUUGUCGAUCAACAGAGGGUAAAAGUUUCAUGGAAGAACACUCCUACUCAUGGCAUAGUUAAAAUCUUCUGUGUCAGUACAGCCCGGAUGCCAUACAUAAGGAGACAUGACAGGGUCUUCAAGCUCACUGACGCCAUGCCCGAGCACUGCCCUCCUGGGGAGUUCAUCCGUGAAAUACCUCUAGCCACCCGUAUCCCCGAAGAUGCCAAGCUUGAGGCAUGCUUUGAUGAGGCCGCUGCAGUUCUUGAGAUCAUGGUCCCCAAACGGGGAAACGAGCCGGAAGAACAUGAAGUUAGGGUCUCCAUGCGCCCUCCUCACCUGGGAGUGAACGACCUGCUUAUGACAUAG